CCCCCAGCCCAGCUAUAAAGGAAGCCCUCCCUACUGCCCGCCUGCAGCCCACUCUGGACGUCCCAGCUGCGGUCCUCUUGGCGACAUGGAGCGACUCCUCCCUCCGUUGACCCUUCUCCUUGUGGUCCUGCUGUUUCCAGGAUUUUCCAGAGCCACGUAUGCUAAUUACCAAGGUACCAAGGGUCCCAGAGAACUAAAGGGAGAAUACCCUGGACAAGAAACAAACAAGUCUCACCUGUUACGCCACCAAGUAAAACGCUACCUCUUGCCACGCACUCCCCCUUUCCAGGAACCUGAACCAAAUUUCAAAGUUAUCAACUGCAAGAGAAGUGAAGGCAGAUGUCAAAACUUUUGUAAUUAUAUGGAAAUGCAAAUUGGCUACUGCUCUAAAAACAAAGAUCCCUGCUGUUUACCUCAGAACUGAGGCUGUUGACCUGGGAGCCAAAGCUUUGUCCACUGCUUGUUCUCCAGAGCCGACAAGCCAGAUACAGAUGUUUUGGAAAAAGAGGCUGAAAAAGAGAGGAGCUGAGGCUUUGUCAUCUGUGCCAGAUAGUUUAAACAUUUUAUUGUAGAAAAAUAAAAGACAGAAACUGGCUAAAUGUCAUUGUUUGACAUGACCUUAGAGAAAAUGACUGAGCUUGUGACGAACAGUGAGUUCUGAAUCACACACACUUUUUACUUGUAGAUGUCAAUGAAUAAAUUUUCAUGAGAAAGCA